UAUCAAAAGAAAAACCAAUAAAAGUUUGGAAACGUAACAAAUCGAAUUCCAUUCCCUAGAUACAAUCUGAAAUUGAUCUAAACAUAAUGGAGUCAAAGUGCAAACGUAUUGUUUUUACUUUUUCACAUUCCUGAGCAAAAAAUACUUCACUUGAUUGAAUUUCGCAAGACCACUCAUAAAAUAGAAAUCAAAUAAGAGCAGUUUCUUGCGUAACAAUAUUUGAUUUGCUCCGAAUUUCUAUAACACUUUAUUCUGAAGUACGCAACCACAAAGUAUUUCAGAUAAUGUUCGCACUCGCUGUUUUAUUGGCGGCAUGCUCGCUCGUCAGCGGGCGAGACUACCGGCUGAGAGACACGCCGAGCGUGUCUCAUUCCAUCGUGAAUCUCGGCAAGAUGGAGUUUAAUGUGUACAUGAAUCCUAAAACAUCAGUUCCAGAGUUUCCAAAAAACGAAUUCGAGAUGAUACAUGACACGAAACCCAUGCACACUAUUCGAUCAGAAUCCGCAGAAUGUCCUUGCACGCAGAAUCGUCAUAGGAACAGGAACCAAGACCUGCACAGCUCACACGACAUGCUCAGCAAGAUUUUAAUGAACGACGACUUGUUCUCAUUUAAGGAUACCAUGAGCUCGUCCCUCUGUUGUCCAUCGCAUGAGCAAAUACAAGAGGAGUUUUAUGUGGAAUACAAUCCUAAAACAGGUCCACAAUCUCUGCGCCAGAAUAUGCCAGUCUUUCCACAUGGAGCACCUGUAAUACAGAGCAUCCCUCCAAUGCCAAUAAUGCCAAUUGACAAGGCUUACCCGAAACCAAUGCAAUAUCUGCCACUUAUAUUCGAUACCCUUUUCUCAAAUAAAGGUCCACAGAGACCGAAACCGAAGACGCUUGAAAUAUUUAUGUUCCCGACGAGAAAACUAGGGACAACAACACCAACAACAAAGGAAACCGAGGUCACAACAGAAUCAGACAUACAAGUAGUUGGAGAUAAGAAGACAACUAUGGUGUAUGACUUAUUAGGCGCAAAUUCUUCUGUAAAGAAGGAUUUACAGAAAGAAGUUGGGGAACACUUGAAAAACAUGGACUCUGUGGUUGAUACUGAUAAAACUACAAGUGCUGUCCAAAACAAUACACUUUAAAUUUAAAAUUUUUGCUUGAA